GUCGCAGCAAUCUCUCCCUCGCCCAAAUCUUAAAGGGGAAGGGAAGAACGAAAAAAAUAGCCAGGGCUAAAAGAUUAGUGAAGACUUAACUUUAUCUAUCAUAUAUGAUAACCAGAUAGUUGUUGUAACUAAAGGUUAUAUAGAGAUAAGAGUCAUAUAGUGAUAGUGUGACAGAAGCAGGUCGAGUGAAAGGGGUAGAUUAAAAAAUCCCAUAACCAUUGCUAGUAAUACGAAAGUUUAUAACGAGCCGCGAAGCCGUACAUAAUAUUUAUCAAUUACAUUCUAUAUUUCUUUAAUUGACGGUGCUGGCCAUCUAUUUAAUUAUAUAAUAUACUAAUACUAAAAUAUAAUCAUGGCUGAUAAUAUAAUCACUCAAGUUCAACCAGAAGCUUAUUCACCAACGGGAGUUUCUGGUUCAAAUUAUGAUGCUAAUAGUAAUGUUGAUUAUAAUUCAAAAAUUCAUUUAAAUAUUAGAGGUUCUGAAUUUAUUAUUACAAGAGAUGAAUUAAUGAGUUUACCUGAAAGUAUAUUAUUAUGUUUAUUUCCAAAUGGUGUAUUUUUAGAUAUGGAAGGUCAAGUAAUUAAUAAUUUAACUGAAGAUGAUAUUGUAUUUGUUAAUUUUGAUCCUUCAUGUUUCCAAUAUAUUAUUGAUAUAUUUAGUGAAGCUCAAAAGCAAAUACCAGAAAUGGCUACUCUUUCUCCUCAAACAAGUUUACCAAGUCGUCAUAGUCAAGAAAAUGUUUUACAACAUAAACCUGCUAUAAUAGUUUUAAGAGAAGAUUUAGAUUAUUAUGUUAUACCACCAAUUGCUGGAUUAGAUUCAGAACAAAUAAGGCAUCUUAAAUUAGGAGUAUCAAAGGCAUUAUUAGAAAAUAAAUCUAUAUUUAGUGGUUUAGGUUAUGAUGUUGAUGCAUCACAUUCAAUUGAACAAAAAUUAGGUUCAGCUGAACAACAUUUAUUUGAUAUGUUAUGUUCAAGUGGAUUUAGUGCAAAAGGUAUUUGGGGAAGUAGAUCUUUAGAACCAUCUAAAUGUGUAAUUCUGUCAUUACUGUUAGUUCGAUUAAAAUCUACUAAUCCAACCCCUCCAGCAUCUCCAGCUUUAGCACCAGUUACAUCUAAUGCAUCAUCAAAUGGACGUUCAAGAUCUCGUAUAGCAACUUUAGCAAGUAGUGCAUCAAGAGCUGCUUCAAGAUCAAUGUCAAGAAAAAAACCAGUUGAUGCUAAUCAAAGUAAAUUAUUAUUAUUUUGGAGGAAACCUGCUAGAAAAUGUUGGUGGUCAAAUCAAACUAUAGAUGUACCAAUUGAUGAAUCAUUUAAAUUAAAUGAUAAAGAUUUAGUAGUUAAAGUUCAUAUAAGAAGAGUAUGGACUUUAGAAUUAUCAGUUAUUGGUGUACAAUAAUGAUGAUCCCUAUAAAAAAAAAUCAUAAUUGAUGUAUUAUUCUCAUUCUUCAUUUCUAUGCUAGUUAGUUAGUUUUAUAGAUUAGCUUUUCGUAUUUCUAUUUCUAUUUCUAUUUUUAUUUCUAUAUAUAUAUAUAUAUAUAUAUAUAUAUAUAUAUA